UUCAAACAAGACGUUAAAGGCGACCGUGCCUGCAAGCGACUGUCCAGGAGUUCAGAAAUUCCUGCCAGGACCUCAGCCCAAAAACACGGUUCACACCACAAAAGAAAUCUCAUAGCAGUUUAAAAAGUGCGCGCAUCCUUGCUGAGUUUUUAAAGUCGUAAUAAAAGAAAGUAAAUAAAUAAAAAUUAAAAAUGCCUUUCGCCCACGAGCAAUUGAAUCUGGUGGCCAGCGAGCAGCUGAGCAAAACGGAGACCAUCAAGCUGCGCAACCAGCACAUCGGGCAAGCCUGCCAGCUCUUCUAUCGUUCUGAUCCUCUGAAAAUUGUACGCGGCCAAGGUCAAUAUAUGUUCGAUGAGGAGGGCAACCGGUAUCUAGACUGCAUCAACAAUGUGGCCCACGUUGGUCAUUGUCAUCCGGAGGUGGUGCGAGCUGGAGCCUUGCAGAUGGCCACGAUCUCCACGAAUAACCGCUUUCUCCAUGACGAACUGGUCCAGUGCGCCCGCACUCUGACCAGCAAAAUGCCGGAGCCACUUUCCGUGUGCUUCUUCGUCAAUUCCGGAUCUGAGGCCAAUGACCUGGCCCUGCGAUUGGCCCGCAAUUUUACCAAGCGCCAGGAUGUUAUCACUCUGGACCAUGCCUACCAUGGUCAUUUGCAGUCGGUGAUGGAGGUGUCUCCCUACAAGUUCAAUCAGCCGGGAGGCGAGAUCAAGCCAGACUACGUCCAUGUGGCUCCCUGCCCGGAUAUCUACGGCGGAAAGUUCACGGACAAGAUGUAUCCGGAUGCGGAUAUGGGUGCUCUGUAUGCCCAGCCGAUUGAGGAGAUCUGCCAGAGGCAGUUGGCCAAGGGACAGGGCGUGGCCGCUUUCAUAGCCGAGAGCCUGCAGAGCUGCGGUGGCCAGAUCUUGCCACCAGCCGGAUAUUUCCAGACCGUUUACGAGGCGGUCCGCUCGGCCGGUGGCGUUUGCAUUGCCGAUGAGGUGCAGGUGGGAUUCGGACGCGUGGGUAGCCACUACUGGGCAUUUGAGACCCAGAACGUCAUCCCAGACAUUGUGUGUGUGGCCAAGCCGAUGGGCAAUGGACAUCCGGUGGGUGCGGUGGUCACCACACCUGAAAUCGCCAAGGCCUUCCAUGCCACCGGAGUGGCCUACUUCAAUACGUACGGUGGCAAUCCGGUGUCCUGUGCGAUCGCCAAUGCCGUGAUGCGGGUGAUCGAUCAGGAGGGUCUGCAGCAGAACGCCCUCGUCCUGGGAGAUUAUCUGCUGGAGGAGUGCAAUCGCCUAAAGCAGGACUUCGAGUGCAUCGGUGAUGUGCGCGGCACAGGGCUCUUUGUGGGCAUCGAGCUGGUUCAGGAGCGGACCGAUCGCAUUCCGGACAAGAAGGCCGCCCACUGGGUGGUCAACCGGAUGAAGCAGUUGCAUCGGGUGCUCGUCUCCUCCGACGGUCCCAACGACAACGUGAUCAAGCUAAAGCCGCCCAUGUGCUUCAACCGCGAGAAUGCCGACGAGUUCCUUCUGGCCUUCCGGGAGUGCCUGACCGCCGUGAUGCAGGAUCGACUGGCCAGUGCCACCUCCGCCGCCAUGGCCGCCACCAGCGGCGUCAUUGCCACCGCCGCCGAGACGCUGGCCAACAAAGCGAAGCUCUUCGAGCGCCAGGAUCGCCUCAUCAAGUCGGUCUGAGGCAGUGCCUGCUGGUUGGCCAAUGCCACCACCAACGCCUCUCCGCCUGGGCACAAAAUAGCUUUAGCCACCAAGGAUAUUUAAAUUAUUCCAUUGUCCACCCUCCCCCACCCCAUGUCCUUCGCCCCCUGUCCCCUGUUCCCAAGUUCUCUCAACAAUUUUUAUUUGAUUAGAAGUAAUGCCAUUUACCCGUAAUCUACACAUAUAUCUACGCUUUGUAACCAUUAUUAUGUCGUCAAUUAUCUUCUAGUAUCUAGAAAAAUAGGGAGCCCAACACGAAUUUCUUCCAUUGUUAUUUGUAUGUAUAAACUUUUGAGUAUAUUAAGUUAAAAAUGUUAUUAAAAAGUUACACGUAUUUUGUA